AUGGCUGGUGAUGAUAGAGAGAGUGCUGGGCCGGAAGAAGAACGAACGCCCUCAUGGACCCUCGAGCUUCAAACAGAGAGAGCAAGCAGGCUACUCCGUACAAAGGGACUAAGGGAAAAAGCAAAGAAGCAGCAGCAAAGAAAAGCAAAGAAGACGAUACCUGAUAGACUUGCUCACACUUACUUACAAAAAAAAAAAGAAAAAACAAAAAAACAAAAAGCAAAGGAAGAAGAAGAAGCCGACUGGCCGCUCUUCCAGGCUCUCGGAGUCAACCGAACUUAA